UUUGAUCCAAGUUCCUAAAUCCUGGUUCACUCAUUUCUACAUCUUCUCUUCUAUUUAUACUCCUUUUCUUCUCUUCCUUGCUAUACGUACAUAUAUGCUGAAUGAACCAGUACAUGAACCUGUACGACAAGCUCUGGAUUUUUUAUGUACCGAGUCUAGAGAAUCCAGAACGGAUAAGGAGAGUGUACUAUUAGUGUUGACUCUGUUAUGCUUACAAUGCUUCAGACGGCUUUAUGAAUGCGUUUUUGUGAAUAGUAAGUCCAAUUCUUUAAUGAACGUGCUGCAUUAUACUGUUGGAUUUGCCCACUAUUUCUGCGCGGGAACUGGAGUGCUCUGCGAAGCACCACAAUUUGCUAACAGUGGGUCGUCUUCCUUGUUGAAUCUCGGAGUUCUUUGGACACCAAUCAACCUUUUUCUCAUUCUAGUGUUUUUGUGGGCCUGGUACUUCCAGCUGAGAACACAUUUGAUCUUCUCUGAGCUGAAGAAGAAGACGAAAGGGGGGCACGGUAUCCCUGAGGGGUCCCUGUUCUCCCUGGUCUCCUGCCCCCACUACCUCUGCGAGAUUAUCAUCUACACGGUCUUUAUGCUGUUGUUGGGACCUCGUCAUCAGACCAUGCUGUUCGUGUGCUGCUGGGUGUGGGUGAACCAGAUACUCGCCGCCCUCAUGUCCCACACCUGGUACAAGAACAAGUUCAAGGAGUACCCCUCCAACCGCAGAGCAAUAUUCCCAUACAUACUCUGAUGGAAUUGUCCCACACAUACUCUGAUGGAAUAUUACCACACGUCCUCUGGAGGAAUAUUUCCAUACAUACUCUAAUGGAAUAUUUCCAAACAAACUCUGAUGGAAUAUUCCAUUACAAACUCUGAUGGAAUAUUUCAUUACAAACUCUAAUGGAAUAUUCCCAUACAAACUCUGAUGGAAUAUUUCCAUACAUAAUAUGGUAGAAUAUUCCCAUACAAACUCUGAAGGAAUAUUCCCACACAUACUCUGAUGGAAUAUUUCCAUACAUACUCUG